AUUCUUUUCAACAAGCUCACUUCACAAGAAUCUUAUCUUCAUACAACUCUAUACUUGCUAUACAUUUUUUUCCACAUUUACCAUGCCAACCGUUCUAAUCAUCGGGGCCGGUCUCAACACCGGUAAGGCCGCAGCCGAAACCUUCUUAGCCGCCGGGUACCAAGUUGCCGUGGCAUCUAGAACCCAAAAGUUAGAUUCCAAGUAUCCGUACUACGCAUUUGAUGCUUCGAAGCCAGAGACAGUGCCGACUCUAUUUGAGAAAGUAAGCGCCGACCUUGGUGCGCCCAGUGUUGUUAUUUAUAUUUCUGCCGCUGGUCACACAAGCCCUCCAGAAAAUCCAUUUGACAUGGAACUGGAAGAGUUUCGAAGGGGCCUAAGUAUAAAUACCACUUCCCCUUAUUAUGCAGCACGGGAGGCGGUUAGGAGCUUCGAAAAACUUGGCCCUUAUGGUCUAGGCCCUGACGGGGGCUCGUUUCUAUUUGUGGGUAAUGGUUUAAACACUAUCGCUCUCCCGGGCUUCAUGAGCUUUGCCAUUCAAAAAGGUGCUACCUCACAUAUGAUCCAGAACUUGGCGCUGGCCGAGUAUGAUAGCAAACCCUAUAAAUUUUAUUAUCUCGACGAGAGGCACGCUGAUGGUACAUACGUGACCAGUGACUUGAGCGGUAUUGGCCACGCUAAAGAGUUUCUCAAACUAGCAAAAGACAGAAAGCAGGGACCUUGGGAUUAUACAUUCGUCAGCGGAAAGGGGUACGAGAAAUUCCCACCCGUUGAGGUCAUGGCCUGGAAUCCAUAGUGGUUUUUAGGAGUGUAUCUGUGAUAUGGUAUGGCGUAAU